GAAGAGUCAGGCAAGCAACAAAACCUUUUGCAACGGUUUUCAACGCCUGAACCUGAUUGGAUUUUUUACCUUCCAACUUUUUGAAAUCAUGGCGAGCAAGGUGGCCCCUUCCCUUUUGUCCUCUCGCUCUUGGGUCUCACGACCGGCAACGGGCAUUCCGCGUGUAUUGGGCGCCGCGUCCGCUGGAGCCCCCAAGUCAUCCGUUCCCAACGUCGCCAAGCAUGUGGCCGCAAACAUUAACGGCGCCUACCUGUCGUCAAAGACCACGUUUACAGCACCAAGCUCCAUCGCCGGCCAAAAACGCUUCUACGCUUCCCCCGUCAAGCAGGUCGACUACGACGCCGAUGUAGCCGUCCCACCUUCUGACCAGGAGGCAUACAGACUGCGAAACACCGACGAUAUCGCUCACCGGAACUUUGCCUACUUUAUGAUUGGCACGUACAGUUUCAUCGGCGCGGCCGCGGCCAAGAACAUUGUUACCGACUAUCUUGUACACUUUGCGGCGUCGGCGGAUGUGCUUGCUCUCGCCAAGGUCGAAGUCGACAUGGCAUCCAUUCCGGAAGGGAAAAAUGUUAUCAUUAAGUGGCGUGGAAAGCCGGUAUUCAUCCGUCACCGGACCGCGGAUGAAAUUGCUGAGGCCAACUCUGUGUCUUUGAGCGAACUUCGUGACCCUGAAACUGACGCGGACAGGACAAAAAAGCCAGAAUGGCUGGUAAUGUUGGGAGUAUGCACCCAUUUGGGAUGUGUUCCCAUUGGAGAAGCUGGUGAAUAUGGAGGUUGGUUCUGUCCGUGCCACGGUUCCCACUAUGAUAUCAGCGGGCGAAUCAGGAAGGGUCCUGCUCCCCUGAACCUUGAGAUUCCUGCGUACGAAUUCAAUGAGAGUGAUGGAAAGAUUGUCAUUGGUUAAGGGAAAUGGACUCAAUUUUAAGAUAAUUUAGUACAAAGACCUCUAUGGUCAGUUACACAGUGAACCAUUUGGCAUAAUACCACAGACACUUCGACGCCUCUUAUUCGGCUCUAUGUAUCAGCGCUAUACUCAUGGCAGCGGUCGCGGUUCUACAAUAUGAACCAGUGGGCUACAGCAAACUAAUAAUCUAUCUAGGGGACACUUGCAAUAGAUCGAAUUCAUUGCAGCUAGCCAACCUCUAAUAUACCAUAUCUCAUCCGGUUUUCCCCUUUGCCACCAACACAAACAACAUCCGACAUCCUAAUAUUGCUGCCGGA